AACCCCCCCCGGUCCCUCCCUUCCGAAUAAUUCCGAAACGUCCUUGGGUAUAGUCCAGCUCAUCCAGCCCGCCCAGCCAGUCCUCAGCCUUGCAGCCUCUCGCUCCACUGCUCCAGCCUCCUCGGUAGAAAAUGCCCAAGGUAAAGACAAACCGAGUCAAAUACCCAGAAGGUUGGGAACUGAUUGAGCCUACCCUUCGUGAACUACAAGCUAAGAUGAGAGAAGCUGAGAAUGAUACUCAUGAUGGUAAGAGGAAAUGUGAGACCUUGUGGCCUAUUUUCAAAAUAGCACAUCAAAAGAGCCGCUACAUUUUUGACCUUUACCACCGAAGAAAUGAAAUAUCCAAGGAAUUAUACGAGUUCUGCCUGGACCAAGGCUAUGCUGACCGCAAUCUAAUUGCAAAAUGGAAAAAGCCUGGUUAUGAACGUCUCUGCUGUUUGAGAUGCAUGCAGCCUCGGGAUCAUAACUAUGCCACUACAUGCGUUUGCCGAGUGCCCAAGCAUCUGCGGGAGGAGAAGGUUAUAGAGUGUGUGCAUUGUGGUUGUAGGGGCUGUGCUAGUGGAGAUUGAUUAGCAUGUCAUCUGUUCGUUGAAGUGUAAUACCAGAUGAUUGGACCAGGUUAACCUUGUUACCAUUAGUUGGGAAUUUGUGACUGUUAGCUGACCUUAACUUUCCUGAUUCUAGGCCCUUUGCAACUUGUAUUAGUAGUAUAUAUCUGCUUCUACUGUUCUGAACAACAGUUUGUGAUAAUCAACUAACUACAACUUGAAAGCUGAAAGAAAGUAUGUUUCGUUUGGAGUUUGGAA